AUGGAGCCCACUCCACCCCCUCAGUCAGAGUGGGACCAGCUUCGUGCACAACUGCGUGAAAAGCCUGUCGACGCCGAUGGAUGGUUGAAACUAGUUGAUCUCGCUGAAGAAUCUGGCGACAUUGAGAAGAUCAAGGAGACCUACGAGGGCAUGCUCGAAACUUAUCCUAAUACUCCCUCCAUACAGAUCGCGUAUCUUCAACACUUCCUCGACGACUCUUCGCAGUUCGGCUACGCUGAAGCUCUUUUCAAAAAGUUCCUCUUGCGGACAACCCCUUCCGUGGAGCUUCUGAAAUUCUACCUCACGUACAUUCGCCGCAUAACUACCGGUUCCAAUGCGCGAGAAGUUAUCCGGAAAUGCUACGACUUCGCUCUCUCCUUCGCUAGCCAGGACAAGGACAGUUACGAAAUUUGGCAAGAUUACAUCAACUUUCUCAAAGCUGGAGAGGCUAGUACCACUUGGGAGGAACAGCAGAAGAUGGAUGCUGUUCGACGAGCAUACCAACAAGCCGUGCAGAUACCCAUGGAGAACGUGAAGCGUCUCUGGGAGGACUAUCAGGAUUUUGAGAAUGGCUUGAACAAGAUCACUGCGAAGAAGUUUAUCUCCGACCUUCAAGAGAACCACAUGCAAGCCCGCACUGUCCUCAACCAGCUACAGGAGAACCUUUCCGUCCUCAUUCCUGCCCAGCUCGCCAAGAAGGAUGGUCGCUCAAACAUCUGGCUCCCCCGUCCCCCCACAUUUAACCAAGGCGACAAGGCCGUUAUUGCACGAUGGCGCCAGUAUCUCAAAUGGGAAGAGAACAACCCCCUUGAGAUCGAGGAAGCCAACCGAAGCAUUCUGCUCACGCGUGUUCAAGCCGUGUACAAGAAGGCGACCGUACGGAUGAGGUAUUACUCGGAGAUCUGGUUUAUGGCAUACGCGUGGACAAACAGUAUUGGUAAGACUGACGAGGCUCUUGCUUUGCUCAAAGCGGGCAUCGACGCGAACCCUGCGAGCUUCGUCCUCAACUUUGCCUACGCGGAGGCGCUUGAACUCCAGAACAAUUUCACUGAGGUACACGCUACCUUCGAGAAGUUCCUCGAAGUCCUCCGCAAGGACCUAGAGGCACUUGAGACGAGGCUCGGUAACGCCAACAGCACCGACGGCGCUCAAGGCUUGCAGCCCAGCCAAGGCCAAAGCAGUGGCCUGCCAUUUGAUGCGCCCCCAUCGGCGUCGUUCAGUACUUCUUCGUCCGACGACAAGCCUCCGAAGAACAAGGAGCUUACUGACAAACGCACUGACUACGGCAUCGCGUGGAUAAUGUACAUCCGCUUUGCCCGGCGUGCGGAGGGCCUCAAGUCUGCGCGGAACGUAUUCGGCAAAGCGCGCAGAGACCGCUGGACGCCGUGGGAGGUUCACGAGGCUGAAGCAUUGAUGGAGUAUCAUUGCGGAAAUAAGGACCUCACAGUCGCCAGCCGUAUCUUUGAGAAAGGUAUGGAACUGUUCGGCGACGAGCCCGAGUAUGUCCUGCGCUACCUCGGAUUCCUCAUCUCCAUCAACGACGAGAACAACGCAAGGGCAUUGUUUGAACGUGUGAUCGGUACUUUCACGCCCGAAAAAGCCAAACCCUUGUGGGAUCGGUGGACUCGUUACGAGUACCAGUAUGGCGACCUUGCGACAGCGCACAAGCUCGAGAAGCGCAUGUCGGAGAUCUACACCAAUGACCCACCGAUCAAGCGUUUCGCUGAGCGACACAAGUACCUCAACAUCGACUCGAUUGCAGUGCGUGAUAUCGGAUUUGUGCCCAACAAAGGAGGCGGGCGCAGCAACGGUAGCGGCCCUCUCACUCGCAACGACACGGCACAGUCAAUCAUGUCCGAAGCAUCCAAGAGCACGACAACACCCAACCAGAGCUCUACUUCCAAGCGCGCAUCGUCCCCUGAGCACAGAAGGCGUGAAGAGACCCGCGACCAUCCCUCGAAGCGUGUGCGUCAGAACAGCCCGCCAGCACGUCGUCGUGAAUCCGAGCGCUGGGAGACUGGUGGUAGUGGUAGUGGUGGAGGCGGUGGUCGUCCCCGUCAUUCGUCAUGGGAACGCGAACGCGAACGUGAUAUCCCCAGACGGCAUGUCAAGGAAGAGCGCGAAGAAGACAAGGGAGUGCAGCUCCCGACCAUACUGAACUGGUUUAUCGGCACGCUCCCGGUUUCAGGCUCGUUCGAUGGUCCCAUUUUCCGCACCGACGAUCUAAUGUCUGUCUUCCGCAAUGCCGUCAUUCCAUCAAGCACAUCCGCUCGAGCUCGUUCUCCUCCCCCUGCUCAGCGCGCUGCUGGCGGUGGACGGCCCCCUCCGGACUACGGCCCCUAUCAGGGUCCAGGUGGCGGGCGUCGUGGGCGCUGGUAG